UCACUUACAUAGUCCAUAUUUCAAUCCGCCUUAGCUCCAUACGCAGACAGACAUCAUGGCGCAACAUCUGCGAUUUCCCCAGCAGGACCGGUACCCGCAGUUCAACCUGGGCGACCUCUCCCCGGGGUCCCUGGAUUCGAUCACCAUGCCUGCCUAUGGAAGGCCGGCGAGCACUAACCUGCGCACCUUUGCACCAUACGCGUCCAUGCCCACCCAGGCUCAGGGCACGGGGGAGAUCAUGGCGACUCUGAACGCUUUUGCGAGCGGUCACAACCAGCAGGCCGGUACACAAAGUCAGGGACUGCAUCCGUUGAGCCAGUUCAUGCACGAACAAGGUCCUUGGGUUCCGCCGAACCUGGUUCCUAGCCGUGGAGACACAGCGAAGGGACAGCCCGCUGGCGUAUCCUUCAACCAGUCGUUCGCCAACUUCAAUGGCUUCCGAAGCGUGGCACCGCCAUCCGAGGCCGACACUGUCAGUCAGAGUGUUGGAGGCAUCUUCUCCGACUCUGGAUACGAAAGUAUGCGGCGAAGCGUGGGCAACCCUUCGAACUAUGGAGACGCCGAUCAGGGCUUUGAAACGCAACACCUUAUUUCCAGCUUCCAGGGUAUGGCGAGCGUCUCGUCACAGGAUGGCGCUCGAAAGCGGGAAGCACGAGGACAGAGAACCUCCGUCGGACAGCCAAACGCUAAAACCAUGAUCUGCCCUGGUUGUAAUGCUCUAGUGAAAACAAACUCUGAGCUAAAGAAACACCAAGCUAGGCACAACAAGCCCUUCAAGUGUGAUGUCUCAGGUUGCCCAAAGGCGACGGAGGGAUUUAGCACAAACAACGACCUUGAACGACAUAGGCGGUGCGUUCACAGACUGCGUAUAGGAUCUGAGAGCGUCUAUCGCUGCGACCUGGACCAGUGCAAGGAUAAACCCAAGGAUUGGCCGAGACAGGAUAACUUCAGGCAACACCUGCGGCGGAAGCACAACCUAGAAAACGUCGAUUUGACCCCCUUUACGUUUCGGUCUUCGAGUCCGCCGGAAUUUUCGGGUUUUCGGUCGUCCGAAGACGUUGCUACAGAAGAGGGCGCGGCCAUGAGCUCAGAUGCGGCUUCCCAGCCGUUAUGGGCCGGACUGGAUCGGACUCACAUCGACCCUUCCAAUCUCAUCAAUAGAGACGCCGGGUUCUCUCAGGCCGGUAACCUGGUGCCGUACCCGGGUCAUCCGCCAUCAGCAGAGGGAGACUUUGCGUCCUCGAGAGCCGAGGAGUCUCAAUAUCUAGGCCAGGAUAUUCCCAACGCCACGAGCCUUCAUCUAGAUAUGGAGCCAACACUCUCCAACCUGAGUAUGCCGCGGUCGUCACAGGAAGAAAGAGCAUCAGCCACGCAGUCAUAUUCAGGGGAUAAUCAACCGACCUGCAUUGCGCCGGAUGUCUUGAGCCAUGGGCGCACCGGAGUGGGGUCACUCCGCUCCCUGAACAGCCAGGCACAGCCGACCGAGGUGGUAGACCUCGAGGUAGAGGACAGUUACGAGCUCCCUCGACAGGAAGACGCCAAGUCAGAGCAAGACGAAGUCGAAUCCAGCGUAGCAGACGGGAUGGAUGUCGAUGAUGAGCCGAUGCAGGAUUUCGCUUCUGAAGAUGGCGCUGACUCGGAGGAUGAUGAGGCCCUCAACGACGUCUCGGAUAUCCAAUCCAAUCUCCUCCGAGACACCGGCGCCCAAUACUCGGCGGACGACGAAGUCCAUAUCAAGCCAUCCCCUUCGCAGGUGCAGCUAAUUGUUGACACACCUCGACCCGUUGACCUUGAUGACGAGAGGCAGGCAAGCGCUAUCAUCCAGUCACUAAUCAAGAAGGGCAAGCUAGGGGAGAUUCUGAAGAAGUUCGGAUACUCAGCGCCAGAGAGUGCCGAUGUCAAGGAGGAAAAGCUGCCGGCCAAUUUCUCGACGGCUAGUGACAAUGGCCGCGGCCGUGUCAAGUGCGAGGAUUGCCACAAGACUUUCGUGCGGCGCUGCGAGCUCAAAAAACACAUGAAACGCCAUGCAAAGCCCUAUGCCUGUACCUUCGCCAAAUGCGUCAAAAAGUUCGGCAGCAAAAACGACUGGAAGCGCCACGAAAAUAGCCAGCACUUCCAGCUCGAGAUCUGGCGCUGCGCCGAGAAGGCGGUGGACCGCCCGGACCAGCAAGAGUGCGGCAAGGUCUGCCACCGCCGAGAGUCGCUCAAGUCGCACCUCGAAAGGGACCACGGCAUCCAGGACCUCGGCGUCCUCGACAAGAAGCUCACCGACUGCCGCAUGGGCCGCAACUUUGAGUCGCGCUUCUGGUGCGGCUUCUGCCAGAAGACCAUCGAGCCAACCGGCAAGGGCGGGCCCGCGCACAGCGAGCGGUUCGACCACAUUGAUGACCACUUCAAUGGCAGGGGCGGUUUGCCAAAGGCGGAUAUCCGGGACUGGAAGCACGUCGACACCGAUCCGGUCGAGUCGCCGCGCAGUUCGCCCGACAAAGGCGCCAGUAGCUUCCGGGAAUCUGGUCGCAGGUCCCCGACGCCUUCUUCCUCGGUCACUAGGUCGUCGGGGAGCAACCCGCGCAAGCGGGUGCAUGGCAGAGAUGAGGAUUGCGACGCGUCGUCGUCACGGGCGAAGCGGCUCAGGAAUGGGAGGGCGAGCGGGAGUAAAGAGGCUUUUUGGGAAUGCUGUUUCUGCCGUAAUAGCGUUGGGCGGGUGGGGAUCACGGACCAGUGCGUGAACGGCAACGACUGCGACCACAUGCGCUGUGAUAACUGCGAGGUGUUCGAGGGCGAGAACAUUGUUGAGCCCGAGCCUGAGGUUCUGCUUCAGUCACGUCAGGUUUAGGUGCCGGGUAUUAUGACUUUGGUGGGGGGAUGGGUUGGUGAAUGACUUGAUGAUUGCUUUUUUUCAUAAAAUGACGGUGAUGUGAUACCCCGGGGGUGUUUACGGGAGUUUUGAUAAGAGGGUGUUAUGGGCUUUUGAGGCUGGAUUCGGAUAUUGGCUUCUUCUCACGGUCAUUUCUGUGUUAGUAUUGGGGUGUCUUCUUGGUCUGGGCAGAAAAGACCUAGAGAGUAUUGGUGGUCUAACGUUGGAUCUUAUGAAGGAAAUGGCAAGCUCUACAUCGUGUAUCACUGCUCAGGGAUGUAAA